AAUUUGGGGCAACAGCAAGCAAAAAAAUCCACUCAAUUGAAGAACACCAGAUCAUAUAAUUGCUAAUCGAUCUCUCAGUACUGAUUCAGAUUUCCUGAAUCGAAAGCAAGUAAUUUUCAAAGGAGCUUGUGCAACACAGGAUAUGCUAUUGCAUUUGAGCUGAGUUAUCUACUACGGAAUCAGCUUUAGAAUAAAGUUUCACUUGCCCUGGUUGUUGUUGGCAUGGAAUCCGAGUUAGUACUGCACAAUGGCGGUUGCCACUGUAAGAAAGUAAGAUGGAAAGUCCAAGCACCUAUUAGUAUUAUUGCUUGGAAAUGCAACUGUUCUGACUGCUCCAUGAGAGGGAACGUUCACUUUGUUGUCCCGCGUCAAAGGUUCGAGCUUUUGGGUGAUUCGAACCAGUUCAUUACUACGUACACUUUUGGAACUCACACCGCCAAACAUACAUUCUGUAAGGUUUGUGGAAUAACUUCAUUCUAUACACCACGGUCGAACCCCGAUGGCAUUGCUGUGACACUCGCGUGUUUAGACCCUGGGACACUUUCCCAUGUCGAGAUUCGGCAUGCUGAUGGCAAGAAUUGGGAGGACUUCUUCCAUCGGAGCGGCAUUGCUUUACAAUCCAAAAUCCAUUCCUCUCAGUAGCUGGGAAUAUACCCCAACUCUGGUGGAGUUACCAAUGACUCCUCGCCAGAGAGGAUUGCAUUAAUUUGAUUAUCUUUCCGAAAUGCAGUUUAUUAGGUUGUAGUCUAAAACUGCUUGUGCAUUGAGGUAUCAUGGAACUGGAUGCUAUAUAUAUGGUACCUGUGUGUCUCUAUGUGUGUAUGUAUAUAUAAUAUAUAUAUGUGUGAUUUCUAACUUUUGUUCCCAAGUUUGUAGCCAUGAAAAGUUUGGAUGUAAUUGGAGUUUGCUAUGAAUAAA